AUGAUAGGACGACCCGUGAGCGCGCACGACGGCGACCGCGACUACUCGUGCUACUUAUUACUUACCAACAUAAUUAUGACUACUGAAGUGAGUGGUAGGGAGUACAGACUACAAAGUCAUAGAGUAUAUUGCUACAUAUAUAAAUACAGAGUACUCCGGCGGCGGAGGCGCGGAGGGCGCGGCGAGCGCGGCCAUGUGACCGGCCGCGCUACUGCGUCGCGGCCGCCGCGUGCCGCCGCUGCUUGGCCUGUACUCAGUAGCGCCUCCGCGCACGGCGCCGUGCUCAUUGCUGUUGUGCUGUGCAGGUCACCGGCCGGCCUCCACCGGCCCCCACCGGGCCCCGCCGACAUGAAACCGCAGGACGACUACAGGAACGGGGACGGCGGCUCCGACGACAGCGAGGGCGAGGAGCCCAGUGCGCUGGAACAGGAGCUGUCGUUGGACGACCCCGAGACGCCGGCGCGCGUCCUGCACGCGCUCAACGCGCUGCGCAAGGCGCGCCAGCACUACGACGUGUUGCUGGCGGCCGCGGGCGAGGAGGUGGCGGCGCACCGCGCCGUGCUGGCCGCCGUGUCGCCGCGCCUGCUGGCCGCGCUGGCCACGCUGGAGCCGCCGCCCGCCACGCUGCGCGUGCCCGGCGUAGAUGCGGACGCGCUGCGCGAGCUGGUGGAGUACGCGUACACUGGGCGCCUGCGCGUGCGCGACGCCGCCGCCGCGCGCCGCCUAUACUGCGCCGCCGCGCGCCUGCGCGUGGAGCCCGCGCGCGCGCACCUGGCCGAGCGCCUCGUGCGCCGCCGCGCGCCGCAUGACUGCCUCGCGCUGCGCGAGCUGCCUGACCUCGCGCCGCACCACCGCGCCCAGCUCGACGCCUACAUUGCGCAGAACUUCGAUGAAAUAUGUGAGAGCGGCGCUCUGGCGGCACUGCCGCUGAUUCGCAUAGAACUACUUCGAGAGACUAGUGCCGAGGGCGGCGAGGAGGCGCCGGCGGCCGUCGCCGACGCUGCGCUGUCUUGGCUCAGAGAUCAUAAUUCUUCAGACGUGGACCUGGAGGAGCUGUGCUCGCGGACGCACUUGCUGUUCGUGGACGCGAGCGGCGUGCUGCGCGACUGCGGCGAGCUGCCGGCCGCGUGCGGCGACGCGCCCGAGCUGCAGGAGUACCGGCGCGAGGCGCAGGAGCGCUCGCGCGGGCCGCGCCGCCGCGACCCGGCGGAGGAGGGCGGGCCCGGAGAGAGCGGCGUGCUGGCGGCGCGCUCGUGCGGGGCGGGCGGCGCGGGCGGUGCGGGCGGCGUGACGCGCGCCGUGGUGCAGCUGCGCGGGCGGCUGGCGGCGGCGCGCGUGGCGUGGCGCGCCGGCAGCGCGGCGGGCCCGCGCGGCGGGCGGCUGGGGGGCGCGCGGGCGGGCGGCGCGGAGGGCGCGGAAGGCGCGGCGCUGGCGCACAUGUCGCUGGGGCGCUGCGCGGUGGGCGCGGCGGCGCUGGGCGCGCGGCUGGUGGUGUGUGGCGGCUACGACCGCGCGCGCGUGCUGCGCGCGGCCGAGGCGUACGACCCGCGCGACAACGCGUGGGCGCCGCUGCCGGACAUGACGCGCGCGCGGGCGCGCUUCCCGGCGGCGCGGCUCGGCAACGCGCUGUACGUGUUUGGCGGCUCCGACGGACAGACGGAGUUGGACUCGGUGGACGUCUACGAGGAGGACGCGGCGGGCGGCGGCGCGUGGCGGGCGCGCGCGCGCAUGCCGCUGGCGCGCUCGCACGCGGCCGCGGCGGCGGACGAGGCGCGCGGCGCGCUGUGGGUGGUGGGCGGCUGGGCGGGCGGCCGGUCCCUGCGCGCCGCCCACCGCUACCUGCCCGCCCACGACCGCUGGGAGGACGCGCCGCCCCUGCGCGCCGGCCGCUCGCAGUGCGCCGGCGUGGUGUGGGAGGACGCACUGUGGGUGCUGGGCGGCUGCGACGCGUGGAACUGCCUGGCGUCCACCGAGCUGCUGCCGCUGGGCGAGGCGGCGGCGGGCUGGCGCGAGGGCCCGGCGCUGGCCACGGCGCGGCGCUCCGUGGGCGCGGCCGUGUGGCGCGGCUUGGCCGUGGCGGCGGGCGGCUCGGCGGGCGCGGCCUCGCUGCGCGACACGCUGCUGCUGGCGCCGCGCGCCGCCGCCUGGCGCGCCGGGCCCGCGCUGCGCCGCGCGCGCGCCGCGCCCGCGCUGGCCGCGCUCGGCGACGUGCUGUACGCCGCCGGCGGCUUUUCCGGCAAGGAGUUCCUGGCCUGCGUCGAGUGCCUCUACGAGCCCGACGGCGAGUGGACCACACUGUGCGCGCCGCCCUCGCCGCAGGCGCCUCCUACCGACGCUCGGGAGGAAGAGUCGCCGCAGGAAAACGGCGAAGUGUCUCCGCCGCCGCAG